AUGCCAGGGGCGUGCGCCCGGGGCCCCGCGGCGGGCGACGGGCGGCUGCGGCUGGCGCGGCUGGCGCUGGUGCUCCUGGGCUGGGUGUCGUCGUCGUCGCUGCCCUCCUCGGCGUCCUCCUCGGGCCCGUCGGGCUCGCCGCUGGCCCCCGCGGCGUCCACCCCGCCGCCGCCGCCGCCGCCGGGCCGCUGCCCCGCGCGCUGCGAGUGCUCGGAGGCGGCGCGCACGGUCAAGUGCGUGAACCGCCAGCUGCAGGAGGUGCCCGCCGACCUGCCCCCCUACGUGCGCACCCUGUUCCUCACGGGCAACCGGCUGGCCACGCUGCGGCCCGACGCCUUCGCCCGCCGCCCGCCGCUGGCCGAGCUGGCCGCGCUCAACCUGAGCGGCAGCGGGCUGCGGGAGGUGGAGCGCGGCGCCUUCCAGCACCUGCCCGCGCUGCGCCAGCUCGACCUGAGCCACAACCCGCUGGCCCGCCUGAGCCCCUGGGCCUUCGCGGGCAGCAACGCCAGCCUCGCGGCCGCCAGCCCGCUGCUGGACCUGAGCCUGAGCCACAGCGCGCCGCCCGCCGCCCAGCUGCAGAACCGGAGCUUCGAGGGCAUGCUGGCCGCGGCCCUCCAGGCCGGCCGCGCGCUCCGGGGCCUCCGGCGCCUCGAGCUGGCCGGCAACCACCUGCUCUACCUGCCCCGGGACCUGCCGGCCGCGCUGCCCGAGCUCCGGCACCUGGACCUGCGCAACAACACGCUGGUGAGCCUGGCGCACGUGCCCUUCGGCGACCUCACGCACCUGGAGAGCCUGCACCUGGAGGAGAACGCGCUCAAGGUGCUGCCCAACCGCACCCUGGCGCAGUGGCAGGGCCUGCCGCGCGCCAGGGUCUUCCUGGACGGCAACCCCUGGGUCUGCGACUGCCAGAUGACGGACAUGGUGGCCUGGCUCAAGGAGACCGAGGUGGUGCCCGACAAGGCCCGGCUGGCCUGCGCCUUCCCGGAGCCCCUGAGGAGCCGCGCCCUGCUGGACCUCGACGGCGCCGACCUCGACUGCGACCCGAUGCUGCCCCCGUCCCUGCAGACGUCCUACGUCUUCCUGGGCAUCGUCCUGGCCCUGAUCGGGGCCAUUUUCCUCCUGGUCUUGUACUUGAACCGCAAGGGCAUCAAGAAGUGGAUGCACAACAUCCGAGACGCCUGCCGGGAUCACAUGGAAGGGUACCACUACCGGUACGAGAUCAACGCGGACCCCAGGUUGACGAACCUCAGUUCCAACUCCGACGUCUGA